CUCAUAAAGAACCCGGGACUCGUCCUCAUCCCACGCACACCGGCAGCCGGGCUCUCCUCCACGGCAGGCUCCGACCAUGGCAGCGUAACUGCGUUUAAGUUUCUUCCCCCGCUACGCUCAUUCUCUGCUCUCCGAGCUGCUGAACUUCUUCUCAGCGCUCCUGUCAAGCUGAAUUGCCGACCUUGACAGCGCGCUGUGGGCAGGAUUCGAGCAAAAGUCUGUCCGCUGUUUUGGAAAGAAACUGUGAGCACUCGGGUUGCGGACAACGAGGGUGAAGUUUAAAGUAAGAGGCAGAAAAAAGAAGAAAACAGCAUCUCAAGAUCGCAAGAAGUGUCGAUGAAAAAGUAUGAGGUGCAGCUUGUCUUCUUACAGGUGCAACGAGGAGUGGACUGUGUUUGGACUUAACCUGGAUUCAUCUGACUGAGUUGCAUCCAGUAGCCUACUUCAAAGAAACCAACUAUGAGACUGCUUCAGUACUAAAUAUCUUACUAUUCUACGGGGUAGUCUAUGUGGAACUAGAGCAGAUUACAAAGUAAAACUAAUACAGACUCUGUUCGACCGAAUUUCUCCGGUCGCUACAGGCUGCAGCAGCGGCUCGAUUUUGCGCUCCCAGAUCGGUGCGCUUUUCCCGGCACAAGAGGCGUCAGGUUCCCAGAGAGAGAGACCCGGCAGCAGGCGGACAACAGCAGAACCUCACCGGGACUCGGAAACAGUAGCACGCUUCCAGCUCACCGGGCACUUGUUGUCCACUCUGCCCGGUUUGGGACAAUGUUUGAGGACUCCUCGAGCAGAUCGAUGUGGCGGGCCACAUGGAUUUUAUUUUUUUCCUUACUCAUCCACUCCACACAAGCGCAAGAUGACGUGCCUCCCUACUUCAAGACCGAGCCGGUGCGUAGCCAGCUCCAUCUGGAACGCAACAGGCUGGUGCUGACCUGUAUGGCUGAGGGAAGCUGGCCACUGGAGUUCAAAUGGAUCCACAACAGCACAGAGCUGACCCGCUUCUCUCUGGAGUACAGGUACCUAAUCCCUUCGUUGGACCGCUCCCAUGCUGGCUUCUACCGCUGUAUCGUGAGGAAUCGGGUGGGAGCCCUUUUGCAGAGGCGCACAGAAGUACAGGUGGCCUUUAUGGGCAGUUUUGAGGAGGGUGAACGCAUCCAGUCAGUCUCUCAGGGAGAGGGUGCCGUAAUUCCGGCACCACGCAUUCGCAGCUUCCCCCAGCCACAAGUCACCUGGUUCAGAGAUGGGCGCAAGAUUCCACCCAGCAGUCGCAUUGCUAUUACCCUGGACAACACACUGGUUAUACUGUCUACAGUGGCACCAGAUGCCGGGCGCUACUACGUCCAAGCGGUAAAUGACAAGAACGGAGAGAACAAGACCAGCCAGCCCAUCACCUUGUCAGUAGAGAAUGUGGGAGGUCCAGCAGACCCUAUUGCACCCACCAUCAUCAUCCCUCCCAGGAACACUAGCGUGGUUACAGGCACCUCGGAGGUCACAAUGGAGUGUGUUGCCAACGCCAGGCCUCUUAUCAAGCUGAGUAUCUCAUGGCGUAAGAACGGUGUGUUGGUGACCAGCGGGUUGAGCGACUUUAACCGCAGGCUGACCAUCCUCAGUCCCGUGGUGAGCGAUGCCGGCUUCUACGAGUGUGAGGCCAUUCUCCGCAGCAGCAGUGUGCCCUCAGUCAGUGCUGGGGCUUAUCUGCAUGUACUAGAACCACCACAGUUUAUUAAGGAACCAGAAAAACACAUCACAGCUGAGAUGGAGAAGGUGGUGGACAUUCCCUGUCAGGCACGAGGAGUGCCCCAGCCAGACAUUGUGUGGUACAAGGAUGCUUUGCCCAUCAACCCAGUGAAGAUGCCCAGGUACAGGGUGCUGGUGGGAGGCAGCCUUCAGGUCAACGGCCUCCUCCCUGAUGACACCGGGAUGUUCCAGUGCUUUGCCAGAAAUUCUGCAGGAGAAGUUCAGACCAACACAUACCUGGCUGUAACCAGCAUUGCCCCGAAUAUCACGGCCGGACCCUCAGACAGCACUGUGAUCGACGGCAUGUCAGUCAUCCUGCACUGCGAGACCUCUGGAGCUCCGAGACCGGCUAUCACUUGGCAGAAAGGUGAGCGUGUGUUGGCCAGCGGUUCCGUCCAGCUGCCCAGGUUCACCCUGCUCGAGUCUGGUAGCCUGCUCAUCUCCCCCUCACACAUCUCAGAUGCCGGGACCUACACUUGCAUGGCAAGCAACUCCAGGGGCAUCGACGAGGCAUCUGCUGACCUUGGGGUCUGGGCUCGCACUCGGAUUACCUCCCCCCCACAGGACCAGAGUGUUAUCAAAGGAACAAAAGCCAUUAUGACCUGUGGAGUCACACAUGACCCCAGUGUGACUGUCAGGCAUGUCUGGGAAAAAGAUGGCUCGGUGAUCAAUGUCCAGUCCAUCCCCCGCAUGCGCCUGGAGGCAGACGGCACCCUGCACAUCUCCCAAACCUGGUCAGGUGACAUAGGCACAUACACGUGCAGAGUGACCUCUGUUGGUGGCAACGACUCCCGCAGCGCACACCUCCGUGUCAGGCAGCUGCCCCAUGCCCCAGAGAACCCUACGGCUAUGCUAAGCACAUCUGAAAAAAGAGCCAUCGACCUGGCCUGGGCCAAGCCUUUUGAUGGCAACAGUCCCCUCAUACGCUACAUCCUGGCGGUUUCUGAGAACAACGCUCCCUGGGCUAUCCUGCUGGCCAAUAUUGAGCCGGAGUCCACAGCAGUGACGGUCAAUGGCUUGAUCCCUGCGCGCUCCUAUCAGUUCCGCCUCUGUGCCGUUAAUGAUGUGGGGAAGGGGCAGUUCAGCAAGGAGACGGAGCGUGUCUCUCUCCCAGAGGAGCCCCCCAGUGCUCCUCCUCAAAACGUCAUUGCUAGCGGCCGGACCAACCAGUCCAUCAUGAUCCAGUGGCAGCCUCCAUUGGAAAGCCACCAGAACGGCAUACUAAGGGGCUACACCAUCCGGUACCGUCUGACUGGGCUGCCUGUGGACUACCAGAUGAAGAACAUUUCCAGUCCUGAUGUGACUAACAUGCUGCUGGAGGACCUCAUCAUCUGGACUAACUAUGAGAUUGAGGUUGCUGCCUACAAUGGGGCUGGUUUGGGCACUUUUAGCCAUAAAGUCACUGAGUGGACUCUGCAGGGAGUACCCACCAUUGCCCCCGGCAACGUGCAGGCCGAGUCGGUCAACUCGACAACUAUCCGUUUUACGUGGACAGCCCCUAACCCUCAGUUCAUCAACGGCAUCAACCAGGGCUACAAGUUACUGGCUUGGGAGCCUGGCAAAGACGAAGAAGUAACUAUGGUAACGGUGCGACCAAACUUUCAGGACAGCGUCCAUGUGGGAUACGUGACAGGUCUGAAGAAGUUCACAGAGUAUUACACCUCUGUGCUGUGUUUCACUACUCCCGGAGACGGCCCCCGCAGCUCGCCCAAAGCAUUAAGGACACAUGAGGACACCCCCGGUGCUGUCGGUCACCUGAGUUUCACUGAGAUCCUCGACACCUCACUCAAAGUCAGCUGGAGUGAGCCCGGCGAGAAGAAUGGAGUUCUCACAGGUUACCGCAUUUCGUGGGAGGAGUACAACCGAACGAACACCAGAGUUACCCACUACCUGCCAAAUGUCACCCUAGAGUACAGGGUCACUGGACUCACUGCUCUCACCACCUACACCAUUGAAGUGGCAGGAAUGACAUCCAAAGGUCAGGGCCAGCUGUCCUCCUCCACCAUCUCUUCUGGCGUCCCACCAGAGCUUCCUGGCCCUCCUACCAACAUGGCAAUUUCUAACAUCGGCCCACGCUCUGUCACCCUGCAGUUCAAACCUGGCUAUGAUGGCAAAACAUCCAUUUCCCGUUGGCAGGUGGAGGCCCAGGUUGGUGUGGUGGGAGAAAAUGAGGACUGGGUGACGGUCCACCAGGUGUCCAACGAACCUGAGGCUCGCUCCUUGGAGGUGCCAGAUCUCAACCCAUACACCUUCUACAGGUUCCGUAUGCGUCAGGUGAACAUUGUGGGCACAAGUCCUCCCAGCCAGCCCUCCAGGAAGAUUCAGACCCUGCCGGCUCCUCCUGACAUGGCCCCCGCAAACGUCACCUUGCGCACCGCCAGCGAGACCAGCCUCUGGUUUCGAUGGAUGCCUUUGCCUGAAUGGGAAUACAACGGGAAUGCAGAGCAGGUGGGCUACAGAGUUCAGUACUCCCGUGCAGGCUCUCAGGGCCGGGCACUGACCCACAUCAUUGCUGACCGCCUGGAGAGAGAGUUUACCAUCGAGGACCUGGAAGAGUGGACAGAGUACGAGGUCAGGGUCCAGGCCGUCAAUGGCAUCGGGACUGGGCCCUGGAGUCAGCCAGUCAGAGGCAGGACCAGGGAGUCUGUCCCCUCCUGUGGACCCACCAACGUGUCUGCCUUCGCCACCACCUCUAGCAGUAUCCUGGUGCGCUGGUUUGAAGUUCCUGAGCCAGACAGAAAUGGUCUCAUUCUGGGCUACAAGGUGGUAUACAAAGAGAAGGACUCCGACAGUGCCGUCUACUUCUGGACAGUGGAGGGGAACGCCACCCACAGUGUCCAGCUGACUGGUCUGGGAAAAUAUGUGCUCUAUGAGAUCCAGGUUCUGGCUUUCACACGGAUUGGAGAUGGACGGCCCAGUUCUCCAGCCAUCCUGGAGAGGACUUUAGAUGAUGUGCCAGGACCUCCAGUGGGUAUCCUGUUCCCUGAAGUGCGGACCACCUCAGUCCGGCUUAUUUGGCAGUCCCCCUUGCAGCCUAAUGGCAUUAUACUUGCCUACCAGAUCGCAUACCACCUCAACUCCUCCAAUAGCAACACACCCACAGUGGACGUGCUAAUCCCCAGCGCUCGCCAGUACACAGUGACCAGCCUCAAGCCAGAGGCCGUCUACGUGUUCCGUAUCCAAGCUCAGACCAGGAAGGGCUGGGGCGAGGCCGCUGAGGCACUGGUGGUCACCACAGAGAAAAGAGCUCGUCCCCAGCCCACCAGCCGUCCCAUGGUUCCUCAGAAAGAUGUUCAGGCCCGCCAGGUUUUGCUGUCGUGGGAGCCAGGCAGCGACGGCUUGUCCCCUGUGCGUUACUACACGGUGCAGCUCAGAGAGCUUCCUGAGAACAACUGGACAGUCCACUCUGCCUCUGUCAACCAUGAGGCCACCUCCUACAUAGUAUCUAGGCUGAAACCCUUCACAUCCUACCAGUUCAGAGUAAAAGCCACCAAUGACAUCGGGGACAGUGAGUACAGCGAGGAAAGUGAAGCGAUCACGACUCUACAGGAUGCGCCUGACGAAGCACCCAUAAUUCUCUCUGUUACGCCGCACACAACAACGUCUGUGCUGAUCCGCUGGCAGCCCCCCGCUGAGGAGAAGAUAAAUGGAAUCUUAUUGGGCUUUCGGAUUCGAUAUCGUGAACUCCUGUAUGACCGUCUCCGCAGUUACUCUCUUCAUAACAUCAACAGUGUGUCCACCUGGGGUGAGCUCACUGCCCCCUACAGCAUCCAGAAUCUGAGUGAUUCAACUCUGAGCCAGCAUGAGUUGAACAAGCUAAGUAAACACAAGCGCUAUGAGAUACGCAUGAGUGUAUACAACGCUGUGGGUGAGGGGCCAACCAGCCCGCCACAGGAGGUGUUUGUGGGAGAAGCAGUGCCUACAGCCGGACCCCAGAAUGUGGCCAUUCAGUCCGCAACAGCCACCCAGCUGGACGUGACAUGGGACCCUCCUCCUGUGGAUGCACAGAAUGGAGACAUCCAGGGCUACAAGGUUUACUUUUGGGAGUUCCAGCGUAAGAAUGAGACAGAGCGGCUGCGGACUCUGUUCAUGCCGGAAGGAGGGGUGAAGCUGAAGAACCUGACUGGUUACACCACCUAUAUGAUCAGCGUAGCCCCCUUUAAUGCAGCUGGAGACGGACCCCGCAGCCCACCAACGAGGGGACGGACUCAACAAGCAGCUCCCAGUGCUCCCAGCUUUAUCCACUUCAGUGAGCUGACCACCACCUCGGUCAAUGUGUCCUGGGGCGAGCCCACCUUUCCUAAUGGCAUAAUUGAGGGCUACCGUCUGGUCUAUGAACCCUGCACACCGUUAGAUGAGUCUUCAGUGGCCUGUGCCGACUGUCUUCACUCCCCCUCCCCCCCAGGCGUCAGUAAGACAGUGACAGUGGAUGUGAAGGGGAGCGGCCCUCUUUGGUUGAAGCUCAAAGACCUGUCUGACGGCAUCACCUACAACUUCCGCAUCCGGGCCAAGACUUUCAUCUACGGGCCCGAGGUGGAGGCGAACAUCACCACCGGCCCUGGAGAAGGAGCCCCAGGACCCCCCGGAGAACCCUUUAUCACACGCUAUGGUUCGGCCCUGACAAUCCACUGGACCAGCGGGGACCCAGGUCGUGCUCCCAUCACGCGCUACGUGAUCGAGGCCAGACCUUCAGAUGAGGGAUUGUGGGAUAUCCUAAUCAAGGACAUCCCUAAGGAAGUAACAUCACACACGUUCAACAUGGAUAUCCUGAAGCAAGGGGUCAGUUAUGACUUUAGGGUAAUUGGAGUGAACGACUACGGCUAUGGCUCCCCAAGUCUACCUUCUCCUUCUAUCUCUGCACAAAAAGUGGCGCCUUUCUACGAGGAGUGGUGGUUCCUGGUUGUGGUGGCUUUGGUGGGGCUCAUCUUCAUCCUGCUGCUGGUUUUCAUCCUCAUUAUAAGAGGACAGAGCAAGAAGUAUGCCAAGAAGUCUGAAUCAGUGUCUCUGUACGUAUGUCCAGGUAACAACUCCAACUGUAACGCUCUGACCCACGGAGACAUGAUCAGCCUGGAUGAAGGCCGUUUCCCCACUCUGGAACUCAACAACCGAAGGCUGUCUGUGAAAAACUCUUUCUGCCGAAAGAACGGCGUCUAUACCAGAUCUCCUCCUAGGCCCAGCCCAGGCAGUCUUAACUAUUCAGACGAGGACGUCAGCACAAAGUACAAUGACCUGAUCCCUGCAGAGAGCAGCAGCCUGACUGAAAAACCCUCAGAAAUCUCAGACUCACAGGAGGCGCUGGUGUUUUCAUAUGGGACAGGUGGCCUACAUACACUUCCACUGCAUUUGGGCAGCGACAGUGAGUACGAGGUGGACCCUAACCGACAGAAGACCCACUCCUUCGUCAACCACUACAUAAGCGACCCCACUUACUACAACUCCUGGCGCCGCCAACAGAAAGGCAUAUCCCGGGCACAGGCCUACAGCUACACUGAGUCCGAGUCGGGCGACCCGGAUCACUGCGCCCCACCGCCACUGCCUCCUCUACCUCCACUGCCACCCCAGCUCAGUUCACCUAGCCCCAAGCCUCAGCAAGCCCAAGGCCAGCCUCAGGGCCCGCCUCAGUGCCCGCCCCAGGGCCCACCCCAGGGCCAAGGCAGCCUGUUCAGGCCCAAAGGUAGCCGGACUCCCACCCCCUCCCAGCAGAGCUCCAACCCCCCCAGCCAGCACAGCACCCUUUACAGGCCCCCCAGCAGCCUAGCCCCUGGCUCGCGGGCCCCAAUCGCUGGCUUCUCCUCCUUUGUGUGAAAAAUGCUGAAAAGGACAUCAAAGUUUCUGGAAAUAUCUACCCAACUUGUGUUGAAGGAGAACACAGAAACGCGCAGUCAACUCAAUCAAGUCAUUUACUCCUUUCUUUCGCUCAAUUAAUUUUCUUUUCCUUUCUUUUUUACGUGUUCUUUUUCUUUCGUCAGCCUGGAUACAUGUGGAACAACACUAUAGACUUUUUGGAGCACUUUUUUAUUGUUUAAUGUGUGGAAUUGUGCCAGUGUAGAUUUCUCUCACCAGUUGAUAAAAUACUCUCUGCAUCAUCUAUUCAUUUUUAUUUUGCUAUUUGAAUUAUUUGCAUAUUUCCUCCUUUAUUUUGUUACUUUUCUUUGAACACAAUCAAAUGGUAAUCUCUUUGAUUCUGUACAAAGUCACAAUAAUCUUUAAAAAUACACACACACACACACACGUAUAUAUAAAU